AUGUAAUGGUGUGGAAACACUGCCGCUUUCUUCAAUUCUCAGACUUUUGAGUCGCACAGACAAGGGGAUGGGCAGAAGAGCUGCCGACCUGACAACUCCAGUUCCAGUUUUAGGUGUCCCUGCACUGGUUGGAGUGCGUGGUUGGAGGACAACAGGAGGAGACAGAAGCGGAGAAGCCCUGCUGCUGCAGACGUGGGGACCUCAGUGCAGCGUUGGUGUUCAGACGUCCCCGGGGAUUAGCAGACCACCCACGGUACAGCAACUAACUGAUACACUCCUAACUCCAUCAGAUAGCAUUAUCCAAACAUCCAACAGCUAUAUUACCACCGAAACGGAGUAUAGGGAGAUAUUACUGCUUACAAGGAGUGACAAGGAGAAAAGGGCUAUUUUAAAACAGAAAAGUGGGGACUCAAAGACAAAAAAGGAAGUGACUUUCAAAGCACUAGGAGGUGAGGCCUCUAAGGAUGUGACCUGCACUCACAGGAACAGAAGUGGGACUUAUUGCUUUGCCAGAGCAAUCAAGACCAACCCAAAGUUUGCAGGGAAUGCCACUAAUGCAAAGCCUAAAUUGAAAACUGCAUCCCGAUACACCAACGGGAGCGUGGUGGAUUCGGAAGCAAUUGGUGGAAUUAGCGUUCAUAACGAUGAAGCCGAGCCUGGGAAUGGUUCGACGUCUCGAGGAAGAGCCCAAACCAGACUGGAAGGUCAUUAUGCAGAGCAGGUUGGGAAGACGCUGCUGUUAUCUGCUGUAAGACCUUUCGGUAUGCAAAAGAAAAUAUGCAGCCAUUGUGGCGGGAAACAGUAUUUAACCACUUUGAGGGAGAACAGCCCUAUGGCCGAUGCUUGCCUUGGAGAGAAACCAAUUAAGUCAACCCUCACCCUACCCCAUAUUGGGAGCAAGAAAAUGCCAAGUCAUAAUGAAAUCCCAGAGAGCACCACAUCCAGAGACAAUAGAACAAACAAUUCAGUCAAUCCGCAUCUGCUAUAUCUUAGUGAAGAACUACAGAACCGCAAAGCACCCCAUCCAGCUUGCCCAGUGCACUCUAAAGCCCAUGUAGUCACUCUGUCACAGAUUGAUUCUGCCAGCGACUCAACAUCCACCCAACCCACCACUAUCCUGCAUGCCAACACCAUCACUGUCACUAAAGCGACCAUUGAAACCAGAAAAGACGAUUACAGAACAAAACCUUCCCUGGACACAACAUCACAAGAAUGUAAAACCCAACGACCGACGAGUCUCAUAUUGACUCCACAGAUGGCCACAGCUACAAAAUCAAAUAACCCCCUAGCACAAACUUAUCCUAGGCCAAUCAAAAUAUCAGAGCAGAACUCAACGCUACUAAAUGAGCCAAAAAACGUGAGUGUGUCUGUACAUGCUGCUCCAUUAACCACACCUUCUUGUUCAUACACCACAGCUGGAUUACACACAAAAACCUCCAAAACCAACACUCACCAAACAACUCCCAUCUUUAAUUCUGCACUGAUGUCUACUGAAAGUGUACCUGCUAAAGUUGCUACUCAUAAAACCCCGCCCUCAAUCCACACAGUUAGAGUGAAUAUAGACGCGCAUACAACUGAUAGCCCAAGAAUGACCCUCAAAUGUCCAACCUUAUCAAGGACAAUGAGUGCAUCAGACCCCUUUCAUAAACCAGAAGCUUCUGCACGAUCUUUACCUGCAAGGCCACCUCGUACUUCAUCUGAUCCAGGUCAUAAACCACAAGCUAAGUCAUCCCCAAACGUCGUCAACAAAUCAUCAGGUAAAUCGUCUUUUACCGACAUCUUGACAAGUGCACCACACACAAAGCCACAUCCAUCUCUCAGCACUGUUGUAACACAGCACACUUUGAAUCAAAACUCAAAAUCAGACCAAAUUAUGCACACAAGCACUAAACAUAAAACGGUCUCAGUUGAAAUUCAUCUAAUUAGACCUACCUCCUCAAAGUCUGAACCUGCACUUCAUGUUUCUACAGCAUCUCCAAAAGCAACAAAAGCCAGAGACUCAAGAGUUAGGUUGCCAUCAAGAGCUGCUGCCACUUCCACUUCCACAUCCACAUGUAACAGCCCUCUUUACAAAAAUAAAACCCUCAGGAAGUCCUCAAUCAAUCUGAAAAGUUCACCUCCCACCGCUGCCAUCUGUUCAUCUACAAUGGCAGAAAACCAAAGUACUGUCUGUUUUUCAGGUACAAAGUCUCAAUCAGCAGAUGCGACAAAACAUGGCAAAGAACUUGGUCGAAAUGAAGAUACACACACAAAUCAACAAGCAAAAGACACAAAGACUCAAACUUAUAAUGAUUGUGCUUUAUCAGGCGUAGUUUCCAAUCAGGAAAACAACUCGAAAACAACUCCAGUUGCAUUUUCUGAGCCGCUAAAUGUGUCAAAAAGUCAAAAAGAGGCGUUGAUGCAAGAAACCCUAAAUCAACCAUUAUACCAAACACGCAGUCGUACAAUGACAAAAACAAAUUCAAUGGUAAUCUAAUCAAUGAAUUAGCAGCGUGUGAGUCAAAAGACCGUGAAAAUUCUAAUCUAUCACAAGUCACUAGCCUUUUGAACAACAUUUCCCUAAUGAAGUCAAGCAGCUCUUGUCUGCAGGGUUGCAUAAACACAGACCAACAAAGACUCCCACAUUAUCAAGGAUGCACAGGCACAGAACAUGAGGGACACUUUGGUGCAUGCCCACCAGCGGAAAAAGCCCAGGACACAGAUUUAAAUGCAGAAAAGUUUGCCUUGGGAGUAUCAGUCAGGCAUGCACACAUUAAACAUAAAUCCAAUGCAGAAAAACAGACACAUCCAAAUAAGUCAACACCCUCUGUCACAAUGCAAAUAAAACUUGCACUAGCAAGUGAACAUGCCCACCCUGUAAUCGAAUCUUCAGUCCACCAAACCUCGAGUUCAGAUACUUCAUCACUACCACCAGCACACACACAUCCAGAGUUUUCUUUUACUGCAACAGCCCCUGUUAACAGCAAGGGAGAGCUUUGUUCCCGCCCAGGCCCUGAAUGUGAGCCUGUAUUGACAUCUUCGACAAUGCAAAAGGCAUCCCCCCUUUCCUCCAGACCUGCAAGGCAGAAGCAAUCAUCAGACAGGGUUCGAGGUUUAGCCCCGCUGCCCCUCGGCUAUGCCCGGAGGAUCCCCACCUGGCUCACUCCCACCCAGCUGAAGCAGCCCUUUUGCUGCCUCCCUCCCCGCAGUGCUGCAAAUCAGCAGCCCUUCAGCAAAGACUGGAGACAGUGGAGGCCAGCCUGGCAGCCAACAAGGACAGGAUAACCACUCUGCUUAACAUUAUCCAUGACCUGGAGACAUGCUACACUCCCACCAGCGGGAGGCGAUGCCACAAUACUGGGCAGGACCUCAAAAACUGCUCAACCUGCCAGAAGACUGCUUGCAUUGUGUACAGUGUGGAGUAUGACUUCAGGCAGCAGGAGAGACGCUUCUUGGAGGUCCUGAAUCAUUCAGUGAAAGGAAAUCAUUCUUUCUCAGUGCACCUGACCCAGCCCUUGAACUUUGGCCUGCUCAGAAAUCUCAUCCUGAAGAGAUAUAAAAAGUCAAAGGUGAAAAGCAAAAAGCUGUACAAGACUCUGUUCAAAUGGCUGCCCAGGAAAAUCCAGCGUGUAUAGACACUUUUUUUUUUAACAAUACCUGUAUGCUGUCUAAGCCUGUGUUACAAGUGACCAGCAGAUGCCCCUGCAGAGGACUCCUAUUAUUCCCUUAUUACCCAUAGAAUGAGAUUACUCUGAAUGGCCGUGUCGAGUUUCACUCUCCUGCACUUUGUCAAAGCUUAUAAGCCAGUUUUUACACUUGAAUUAUCCGCCUGAUCUCUGUGACCUUAAGCUAGAAUCAUUCAUAAGGAAUUAUUUAUUUCACUUUGAAAGCUAAUGCUUUUGUUGUGAACAUGCCUGCUUCAAAUUGAUGGCAACCCACAGCUGCAGAUUUCUUAAUAUCAUUUUAGCUCUGACCUUUUAUUCUAUUUGCAAUAUAAAGAUGAAUCCACAGUGAGUUUCCGUUCAUGCUACAUUUCUCCUUCAAAUGUCCCCUAACCUAUCUUUGCUGUAUGAAUAAUGUGCAAUAUAAGUUUGGGAAAAUGCAAAAAAAAUAAAUCAGAAUUUACAAACUGUU